AUGAUCGAAAUUCAAAAGGAAUUCAAAUGCGCCAAGGAAAAGUUUAUCGAAAUCGAUAAAAGCGCCCGGAAGAGCGGAAGAAGGUUGAAAAAGGCGGACAAGCAGGAUGGCGAAAAGGGCGAGGGCGAGAAGAAGCUGGAGAAGAGCGGUCGCGUGAUUGGCAGCAAGCGCAUCCGCAGAUCAUCGAAGAAGGUGUCCAAGGUUGUCGAGAAGCACAUCGAGCGCGUCGAAAAGGCCGCCAAGGAAUUCCAAGAGCGCCGCCCCGUGCUUUUCAAGAAGAAAAGCUCUUCGGAGCCCGAGGCCAACCAGUCGCCCGAGAACCCGGUUGACGCGUUGCCCGAUGCUUGGCGGGACGCGGUACUGACCCCCGAUUGCCUGGUGGCCAUCGACAAAUUUGUCAAUUUCUACACACAGCUCGGCGUGCAAGGGCUGCGCAACGAAUUUGCCCAGAACAAGGCAUUCGUCCCGGCCGCCUUCACCUACAACGCCUUCACCGCCAACGCCGAGCGCAAUCGGUACAAAGAUGUGGUGUGCUCUGACGCGACGCGGAUCUCUCUCACGUUGCAGGUUCCGCCGGAAACCGACUACAUUCAUGCGAACCGGGUGAAGCUGGACGGCGCCGACAAAGAGUUCAUCACUUGCCAGGCCCCCAUUGAGACUACCAUCAACGAUCACUGGCGACUCGUCCACCAGGAAGAGGUCUCCGUGUGUGCAGCUUUGUGCCAGUUCAACGAAAGCGGCAAGGCAAAAUGCACCCAGUAUUGGCCGAUGAAAGCGGACGAGUUUGUGAACCACGGCAAGAUGUCGGUCAAUACCAAGAAGAUCGUUCAAGAGAAUUGCCUCGACGUGUACACCGUGGAGGUGUUGCCAGAAGGGUGCUCCAACUCUACCAUUCUCAAGCUGAUUCACAUGACCACCUGGCCGGACCGCGGCGUGCCGAAGGAUGUGAGGACGAUGCUGAAUUUGCUGCGCCUCAUCUAUUUCAACGCGCAAGGUUCGAUCAUGAUCCACUGCUCGGCCGGGAUCGGCAGGACGGGUUCGGUGAUUGCCGUCGACUGCAUCAUCGAGCGUCUCCUCAAGGGCAAAGAAACGAAGCUGCUCGACGUGUUCCAAGACUUGCGCUCCCAGCGGGCCUCCUCCGUGCAGACCGAGUCGCAGUACGUCUUCGUGGUCCAGGUCGUCCUCGAGUUUAUCCAGAUCCGCACCGGUGACAAGUACGCCGCCAAGGUGAAGAAGUUCAACGAAGAAUUCGUCAAAGCCAAUCUCGCC